GUCACUGUCAGAUGUCAUUGUAAAUUAUUUUCAUUCGUUCACAUCUUUCCUUCCUAUUAUCAUACAUAACCUCAAAGAUAGAAUUAGGCAUUCUUUUAAAGAAAAAUUAAGUAAAAUACUUACAAUCAUGAAUGGUGUAAGAAUUAUUAGGAACCUACCUCUGCAAUGGCGAUCUUUUUCACGAUGUGCUAUUCUCCGUCAAGAGGUAGCUCAAGCAGCAACCCCUUUAUCUAUCCCAGUGCCGGAAGGGGUAGACAAACCUGUUUCCCCGAAAAUUGAGAAGAUUGUCUCUGAGAUCACGAAUCUAAACCUUUUGGAGGUGUCAGAACUUAGUCAAGUUCUUAAAAAGAGGUUGAAUCUUCCUGACGCACCUGUAAUGCCCAUGGGUGGCUUCGUUGCGGCGGCUCCUGCUGCUCAGGAUGAAGAAGAAGCUGCUCCUAAAGCUGUGAAGACUAGCUUUACUGUAAAACUCACCAAAUUUGACGACAAACAGAAGGUGGCACUUAUUAAAGAAGUUAAGGGUCUUCUGGAGGGUUACAAUCUGGUUCAAGCCAAGAAGUUUGUUGAGAGUGUCCCCGCAGUGGUGAAGGCAGAUGUUUCCAAAGAUGAAGCAGAAAAACUCAAAGAAGCUCUUAGCAAAGUCGGUGGUGUCAUAGAAAUAGAAUAGAUGGUAAAGUUAGGUUAAGUGUUUAGUGUGUAAAUUAUUUACAGAAAUAACAAAAUAAAAUAUAAAAAUGCAUUUAAA